AAAAUAAAUUGUUGUUUAUUGUUCAGCUGCUUUUAAUUUAUUUUAUUAGCAAUUAUUUUUAUAAAAUUCUGCCUUAAAUCUAAGAAAUAUUUCGUUAUUUAUUAUUGAGUUUGUAGCAAAUCAAUUAGUAAGAACGACAUUGAAAUAUAUUUAUGUAGUUUACAAUUUUGUGAGUCUUGAAAGUUUUUUGUUUUUUGAUUAUUUUAGAAAUAUAAAUUAGGCUUUUUAUAAUUUACAUGUUUUUUACUUAGUUUAUAUAAUUUUUAUAAAGUUCACAAACUUUAAGAUUUGAGAAUCGAAAUUUAAAACGGGAACACAGCUCAGUAUUUUUGUAGUAUAUUUAUGAAGCGUAAUCGCUGGGGUAUUUAUUCUCUUUCCACUUGUGGCCAUACUGCCAUACAAACAGCGAAUGGGCAAAAACAUUGCAAAGCGAAAACGCCCAGAAACAAUGAUUGUAAAGUCAAGUAGAUAGUUAUAAAAUGAGCAAACACAUCUGCACCCGCUGGGCUUUUGACCUGGCCAGUUGGAAGCCCACACUUUCUCAACUGAGUCAAGCUGUAGCCCUGAUUCAACCGGAAGAGCGUGUCCGCCUCAUGAAGUUCCACUUCAUCGACGACUUUCUGUCCUCGCUAAUUGGUCGACUAUUGAUGCGAAAGUAUGUGAGCACAUGCAGUGGAUUGGAGCUGCACCAAGUGAAGUUCGCCCGUGAUGUUAGAGGAAAGCCCUAUUGGGUAAGGGAGGAUAUCAAUGGGCCACCUCUCAGCUUCAAUGCCUCGCACCAGGGAAAUAUGGUGCUCCUGGCCGGGAUUAUCGGAGAAGCUAACGAUCCAGACUUUGGAAUCGGCGCCGAUGUUAUGAAGAUCGAGUAUAGUGGUGGCAAGUCCCUGGCAGAAUUCUUUCGCCUGAUGAACAGAAAGUUUUCGGCCCAGGAAUGGAAGCAUAUAUGCAGAGUGGAGCAUAAUGAACGGGAACAAGUGAAGGCCUUCAUGCGACACUGGUGUCUGAAGGAGGCCUACGUCAAGGAGCUGGGAGUUGGCAUCACAGUGGAUCUGGAAAAGAUCAGCUUUUCCGUGGACACCACUCACCCGCUGGAGGAGAAGGUCACUCCUUUGGUCGGUACCAGUCUGCGAUGCCACGACAAACCCAUGGAUAACUGGCACUUCGAAGAGCAUCUACUGCAGGAGGAGUACUGUGCGGCCAUUGCUUUCCGGAACUGUUUGCCUCCCGAUCAUGGCAGAUUCAAAUUUCUGCGAAUUGAGGAACUUCUGGUAACGAGUCCGGAAUCCGAACUGGAGGAAGUGCAAAGCUACUGCCGAAAGGCUCUGCUGAAACCCUAUAAGAGAUCGCAAAAAAACAAAGAAUAGAUCGUAGAUCCUUAAACAGACUUGUUAUCCAUAGAAUAAACACGCAUUUAUAUUUUUCCAA